UUCUGUACGGUCUUUUUAGAAUCUCCCGUAUGAAAACCUCUGUGACGGGAGCUAAUCAAUAACCACCACCGCCACUUACCAAGUUCUUCUCGUGUAAUACAGAGUUGAAAUGGGGAUAGAUUCUUCUUGGAUUAUUCCCUAUAGCGAUGAAUACGAAGGUAGAGUUGUUCAUCGUAGAGGUAACAGUUUGAAAAUUUAUGACAGAAAAGAAGAGUGUGAUGACGACGACAACUACACCCGAAACGCAGAAUCACAAGCAGCCACUGAUCAGAAAGAGGAGCAACAUCAAAGGCUUGAUAUAUCAGAAAUUGAUCUCCAUACUGUCGAAGGGGAAGAAUCAGUUCCAUACGUUGUUCUAGUUCAAGGACCUCCCAAUGUUGGGAAAUCCCUGUUGAUUAAAUCUCUAGUGAAGUUUUUUACUAAGCACCAUCUAAAUGACGUUCGAGGCCCUGUUACUGUGGUAUCAGGUAAGCAUAGGCAGCUACAGUUUGUGGAGUGCCCAAAUGAUGUGAAUGGGAUGAUGGAUGCUGCAAAGUACGCUGAUUUGGUGUUAUUAUGUAUUGAUGCAAGUUAUGGGUUUGAAAUGGAAACAUUUGAGUUCCUCAACCUUCUACAAGCUCACGGCUUUCCGGAUGUUAUUGGGGUCCUCUCACAUCUUGAUAAGAUCAAAGAUGAAGGAAAGCUACUUCAUACGAAGAAGCGCCUCAGUCGCCAGUUCUGGAAUGAAAUAUAUGACGGAGCAGAACUGUUCUACUUAUCAUGUCUCGAUAACGGAAUGUACAUGGAGGAUCAAAUUCACAAUCUAGCAACAUUCAUAUCAGUUAUGAAAAUCAAUCCUUUGUCCUGGCAAACUGCACAUCCAUAUUUGCUAGUCGAUCAGUUUGAAGAUGUUACUUCUCCAGAAAGAGAGCACAUUGACAAGAAAUGCUACAGAAACAUAGGUAUGUGCGGUUAUCUCCGGGGCAGUAAUUUGAAGAGAGGAACUAAGGUGCAUAUUGCUGGUGUUGGUGAUUUCCCUUUAUAUGGUAUUACAAGCUUAGCUGAUCCAUGUUCUUCACGAUCUGCUGCCAAAAUGAGAGUGACUGACAAAGAAAGACUCUUUUAUGCACCAAUGUCCAGUCAUGGGGAUCUUCUAUAUGACAAGGAUGCGGAGUAUAUAGACGAACUCAACGAUCUCAAUGAGAUCGAGGGUUUCAGAGCAGGAACUUAUUUAAAGUUGGAGGUUCGUGAUAUUCCUUUUGAGAUGACUAAAAAUAUUGAUCCCUUUUGCCCUAUUCUCGUUGGAGGUAUCAGUCUUGAAGAGGAGAAUAUUGGAUAUAUGCAGGCGAGACUUAAGCGGCAUAGCUGGCAUAUUAAAUUAUUGAAGACAAGAGAGCCUAUCAUUGUUUCAGUUGGCUGGAGACGUUACCAGACCAGACCCAUAUAUGCCCAGGAAGGCGGUGGCAGUCGUUUGCAUCGAAUCCAUUACACCCCUAAGCACGCAGAUUGUCUUGCAAUGUUUUGGGGUCCUCUUGCACCUCCCGGUACCGGGUUUGUAGCUGUACAUAAUCUGGCAGGCAAUAAGGCUGCAUUUCGGAUUUCAGCAACGGGUUUCAUACUUGACUUUACCCAGGCUGCAGAGAUAGUUGCAAAGAUAGUGAAGAAACGCAAACAAGUUGGGACUCCUCUCAAGAUCUUCAAGAAAACUGCCCUCAUCAAAGACAUGUUUACAUCAGAUCUUGAAAUUGAUUGGUUCAAAGGUGUAGCAAUUCAGACUGCAAGAGGAGUUCGGGGGAACGUUAAAAAGGCUGCAAAAAAAGAGCUUGUUCGUAAAAUUAAAAAUAAGGGAGAUCAACCUACAGAAAGAAUUGCUAGUUGCUCAUUUCAGCACGAAAUUUCUCUGAGUGAUGAAGUUUUCAUGCGCGUGUGGAAACAAGUAGGUGAACUUAAGGAUUCUCUCGACAAGGAUGAUCCUGCUAGGAGGCAGCGGACGAUAGAACAGCGACGUGCUGUGGUGUUUAUGGAUAUGAAGCAUAGAUCCGGAAAUAUUAUGCCGAUCUGUGAAGAGUACCAGUUUAAAAGAAGGCCGAAGGAGGUGCUUUUUAAGAAAGAGAAGGGCAAGCAAGAGAUUCCACAGUGUACAAGAAGGCCGAAGGGAUGUGAGGUGGUUUAGAGAAGCGCGAGCAAGAGUUCUGGAAGAGAUGUAUAGAGAAAUCAAAAGAGGUGGUGAAAGGGGGACACAAUCACAAAUAUAUCGAAAUAGGUGCUUAAAUGGUACUGGGGAUUUGAAAAGUAAUCAAAUUGUGUUUUGUAAACUAUCAGAAAGAUUUAAAACAAACAGUAUAUAUCCAAAACUAAUCCACUGGUUUAGAAAUAAUUUGGUUUUAUUU